UGUGAAAAAUUGGGAAUUAGGAUAGAAGGAAGAAUUAAACGUCGAAAACAGAUGCCUGGUGAAAAUGCUGGUGAUGCAGGACUCGCUGCGGUUGAAGAAAUAACUCGCAUUAUGAAAUCAGUUAUUGAUAGACUAAUCCAGGAGAUGACAACACGAUUUGGUCGUCUGAAGACGUUAGAUGAAAAGUUUGGAUUUCUAUUCAACAUCAGCAAAUUGUUUGCUAAUGAUACCUCUAAUGAUAUUCAACAGCACUGUGCUACGCUGGCUGAUUUUUAUAAAACUGAUAUUGAUGGAACUGAACUGUUCGUAGAAAUCAGUGACUGCAGUAUGUUGCUGAAAACCCGGCCAGAUGCUACCCCAAGCAGCCCAUUAGAAUUACUUUCAUUUAUUAUUUCAUAUGGCAAUGACAUAUUUCCAAACUUGCGAAUUGCUUUGCAAAUUAUGCUGACAAUCUCUGUGUCAGUUGCUAGCUGUGAGCGUUCUUUUAGUAAACUAAAAAUCAUUUUAACUUAUUUGAGAGCUUCAAUGGGUCAGGAGCGUCUGUCAGACUUGGCAUUGCUAAGCAUAGAAAAGGAGCUGGUCGAAACAAUUAAUUUUGAUGAUGUCAUUGACAACUUUGCUAGUGCAAGAUCACGAAAAGUAGUUCUAUAAGAAAUGGCUAAUGUUGCUUCAGAUUGUUCAUUAACUUUGUUUACAAUAAAAAAAUUUAAUUUAUUUAUUGGUGAUUGUUUUAAUGCAAAUAUAGAUUACGCAUACUAAUAGGGGGGGGGGCGCCAACAGACUAUGCCG